AUGAGGGCUCAUCUCGUCUGCAUCGUGAUCCUCUUUUCGGCAUAUAGAGGAGCGUGCUCCGAUGCCGAGCAGGAGAGGAGGACGGCAGAGGAAGAGUUACUGAGCAGGCUCUUCACUUCAAAGGUGAGUGAACGGAGCCUCCCCUUCUGGUGGGGGACUCUGAGGAGCGUGUGCGAGCUGCUGAGCCGCUGGAACGAGCCCCUCCUCGAGAGCGAAGCGGGCAUCGGGGCUAUCGAGCGCGUGUCGCCCCUCUCCUCGCUGCUGAAGGAACUUGACGGCCUGCAGGACCUGUGCGGGAUGCUGUUCCCAUGGGCGCUCGUGCCGAGCGGCCCACGGUACCCGGACCCGGACCAAACGGACAGCGAGAGCCCGCCGAAAAGGAAAUCACCGUAUAUUUUGAAAAGGCAGCUGCACAACAGCAAAGCGAGAAGGCCGUACAUUUUGAAGCGACUCGCCAGCUACUGA